AGGAAUUUUCCAAUUCGAACUCCAUUAUUUAUGUCCACCAGACUAGCCUACAUGAUGAAGCCAGUGCUCGCUUCGGCCAAUAUCGCCUCGGUCGCUCGAACGCUACAUCCUACAAAGAUGCGCAGCAUCUCUACUACUCUCAACGUUUGGCGAACCCACCGAAAAUAUCAGAUUAUCACCAACUAUCAACAUCUCAUUCGGAAUUUUUCUAGUUAUUCCCAUCUUCGCAAUAAGCAGAAUAACGAGGAUCUCCCGUCGUUUAGCUUUGAGGGGUUGGGAAUGACCAGAAAUGUUAAACUCUUUGUCAUUGCUGUCUUGAGUAUUUUUGGUACAAUUGAGACUUGGGUUUGGUGCAAAGGCAUUUAUCGUUGGUGGAAUGGCCCCUCAGAGAAGGAGAAGAAAUUGGCUUAAAGGUAUCAAAAAGAGCAUGCGGUACCUAGGUAGCAAAACAGCAAUUCUAGCCUUUGGAGAGAGUGGUCGAAGUAUGAAAUGAGCUAAGAGGGAUUAUGUGCAAGUGCGCCUGACUGUGGCUAAGGGUACGUGUAAUUGUAGACAGAAUAUUCAACUCUUAAAAGGG